AUGAAGUUUCAUAUUCUUGGUACGGGCAAUUUUGGGAACAUGGUUGCGCAUUACCUUCGAAAACACAAUCAUAAAGUUACUUUACUUCUUAGAACACCUGUAAAUCUUGCACACUUUGAAAGAUUUCAACGAACAAUAACAAUAAAUCAACCAAACGGAGACGUGGAACAAACUCAAGGCUAUGACACUGAAGUUUUACGUGAUUUUGAUAUUGACGAAUUAGUUGAUCGACAUUUUCAUUAUGGCGCUUGUCCGCCAAAUUUACAGAUUCAACGACUUAUAGUAACAACCAAAGCUCAAGAUGUAAGUAAAUCAUUUCGAAGAAUUUUUUAUCGUUUAUCGCCAACAAGUACGAUAGUUUUAUUAACAAAUGGAAUGGGUGUAUACGAAGAGUUGAUGGAAGAUUUUUUUUCACAAGACGAAAAAUUGAGGCCAAACAUUUUAAUGGGAGCAGCAACACAUAUAGUUUACAGAACAAAAUUAAUAAAUAGUUCAUUUGAUUUAUUGCAUUAUGGAAUUGGGGAAAUAGAUCUUGGCAUUAUUCCUCGAAAAGAAGUGGAACCAAAUGUAACGGCGAAAUCAAAUGAAUCAAAUUCCAAAAUUACAAAAGAACCAAUUUUAGACAUUAAUGGAAAUGAAUUACCACCUAUUCCAGAGAACUCUUUACGUACAACAUUAGAGGUUCUAACCUCAAUUCCCGAAUUACAUUGUCGACACGUUAAUGUACUUACUAUUCAAAAUCGACUUUUGGAAAAUUUAGUAAUUAAUGCAUGUAUCAAUCCACUUACCGCAAUUUUUAAUAUACGUAAUGGAGGAUUAUUAUUUAAUCGGGGAGCUGAUCGAGUUAUCGAAGCCAUAUGUAAAGAAUCCACACAAAUAAUGCAAAAACAUCGAGAAUUUUUAGGAAUGAAACCUUCAAAUAGAUUUGGAACGGAAAGAUUAAUUGAUGCUAUACAUCAAAUAUGUAAAUCCACGGUAAAUUUAAAAUCUACCAUGUUACAAGAUGUAACAACUCGUAAGAUAACAGAAAUUGAUUAUUUAAAUGGAUAUUUAGUAAAAUUGGGAAAAUUUUAUGGAAUUCCUACACCCGUAAACAAAUUUGUUGUUGAUAUGAUUUAUAUGAAACAUAUCUUAGUAUCUAAUCCAAAAAAUUUAAAAGAUCGAAUAUAA